UAUCGAUUUUUAGGCAAGACAACCUUGACUUUCGACUUCCAAUUUUUGAGUAAAUAUCGCGGGAAAAGAAGCCAUACUCGAAUGAAUGGAAUGAAACCCCAACACCAUGAACACGGCUAAGUGACAUGCGCAGUUACCCGGAUGGAUUAUUACCUGUAAAGGCGUGACCGCGCGCUGCUGGCGACAGACUAGGUGUUGGGACAUAAAACAAUGGCUACUUGGUUAUUGUGUUUGGUACUGAUGGUGGCGGUCAUUCCCAUUGUCACAGUGAACGCCGUAUCCUGCUACCAAUGUAACAUUUUCAAACAAGGGACGACACAUCUGUGUGGCGGUGAUGAGCGGGUCAUGCAUAACUGUACGGCGUGCUUCAAAACUUACGUCAGAGCCUUCCUUCACAACCAGUGGAACAGAUAUACAUAUACGACGGCGAUAUCCCGAUAUUGUACUCAUUUUGGCCAGCACCAAAAACCGGAGGGCUGUUACGCUACGACCGCCGACUCUGGAUACGUCAAACAGUGUUUCUGUUACACUGACUACUGCAACGGGGCCAAGUCGACAAGGGAGGAUCGAACACGUCUCGUGCUCUUACUGGCUCUAGGCGCUUACAUCGCUUUUAAUGUGUUUCCAAAUUACGAUUGACUUGUUUUUCUUUGAAGAUAAAAUACACACAUUUUGACUUAAUGGGGAUAUCGAACAUGCAUUUAUUUGAAUAUAUUUUACAAUUUUAAGUGAUUUCUACCUGGGGCCGAAUUGAGAUUUUGUGGGGGAGUGGUACUUUGAUUCAGUCACUUUCUAUAAACAAUCCACGUUAAAAAUAAUAUGGG